AUGCCUCUUGACGAAGAAGGUGCCAAAUGGUCCUGCGAACCCUGCAUUCGAGGACAUCGCUCCUCCAAAUGCCAGCACUUCGACCGACUCAUGAUGAAGGUGCCCAAAGCCGGCCGACCUUUGGCAAAGUGUCCCCAUCCAAAAGGAUCAUGCAGUUGCCAGAAAACAUACGCCUUCAUGGUGCGAAUUCCCAAAGGGUCAAGCUGUCUCUGUCGCCCGCUCUACAGGGUCCCUGCAACCGAUGGUGAUGCGCCGCAGACCCCGUCUAGUUCGACGUCAUCACCCUCGCUCGGGCGAAUACAAAAACCAGGAAGGAAACAAAGCCUGAUACAAACUACCCCUCAGAAUUUCGCCAAAGCCUUCGAGACGAUGCCCGAAAACCUCAAAUUUGAAGAGGAGAACUUCCAUUUGCCUGACAAAACGUUGCCUCAAUCAGCAAACUUCAAUCUUGUGGACCCAGAUAUCUUCCAAGCAUCGCCCGGCACAAAAAUACUCGCGAGAUCAGACCAAGGAUCCAGCUGUUGCUCCAAGAAGAAGCCCCGAGAGGAACCCGUCCUCGCGCCGCCUUCAGAUGUACCCAAGACUUGUUGUGAUGUGGAGAAAGAUGCUCGGGGUAUGAUGAAAAACGGCAACAUCAUCGACCACUCUUCAAGUACACACCGGCAUCCCACUUGGGAUUCAUCACAUCAUCUGAAUUCCUCGAGUCCACAUGUUCAAUCGUGGCAAAACCCUUUACUAGCAACACACACAGCAUCAUUUUCGUCCUAUGGGAUGCAAAAUUCCCAGCCGCCCCCGGUGUUUACGAACGGACAGUCGGCAAAUGGGCUCGCAAUUCCCCCUCAGAGUAUGGGAUUCGCAAUGGAUCUUCAUCACACCCAGGCUCCUGCAGGAGGUUUCGGCAACAGCGCCGGUCUCGACUGCAAUUGUGGAGACGACUGUCAAUGCCUUGGCUGUGCCGCUCAUCCUUUCAACAGCACCACCCGCCAACACGUUCAGGAGAUGGGCGUUUUGAUGACUUUCGAUGAUGGUGAUCACUCACCAGAUCUGGCGGCCAAUGCCAGUAAUUUUGCAGACACGUCAAUACAUGAAAUCAGCGCCCAACCGCCUUUCAAUUUCUAUGUGCAACAGACACCCGCGGUAAAUCAGAUCAGCCACCCGGACUCUCUUUUGUCAUACUCCAACCCACCUUCGACCCUCCCAAGUGGCUACUCUUCGCCUCUUCCUCCGGGGCAUACUAUCAAUCAGCCCCUUAUGCAUCCUGGUGAAUAUUAUACGAUCGAAUACCCAGUCGGUAUCCCAAGUACUUGCUCCGAUGUCACUGGCAGCUGCCAAUGCGGCAACGAUUGUAGCUGUGUUGGCUGUCUGACGCACAGUGGCCAUAACGGUGUAGCUCUGGAGCCACCGGCGACAACAGCUCCAAAUACCAACACCAGAGAAAAUGGCCAUUCAUCCGGCAUUAUACCAGGCCCGGCCGCUGACUUUUAUCCUGUCCAAUCCUUUGCAUGGGGGAACACGUCCAUGUCCUCUCCGGUUCAAGCGACCACCAGGCCCUCUAUGAUUUAA